AGAAAAGAACUGCGGGCGUCAGGAAUUGAGUCGGAGUAGUGACUUUGGAAUAAAUUAAAGAUAAACAGCACUUUGAUAUCCGCCUCUUAUUCAGAGAUCAUCAAAAUGAAAGGCUUUGUCGAAUUAGUGCUUGCUUUCUUGCGCAUCCAGUGCGUCCUUUUGUGUAGUGGCUUCAUCCAGGUCGUUUUCGCCGCAAACCUCCUUGCGGCUGAGGAUGGUCGGCGAUCUUCUUCUUCUUCCUCGCCCUCGCUUGCCAGCCUUGACAGAGAUCCAGAAUACAGCGUUCGAAAGCGAUGCGUAAGCGACCCCUCAGGUGCGCGUUCGGGCAAGACCUGUCUUUCCCGCUCAGACGUCCAAGGCUCAGAUUGCGAAGAGGGCGUUUGCACAGACCCGGACUCGAUUUUAGAUGGAGGGAAAGAGGAGUUACGCUGACACACACCAGAAAUAUUUGUAUUUGAAGCAGAUAAUUUCACCACUACACUCCAGAGAGUAAUGUAGUUGAGGUGGAUCAUUAGCGAUUGGUAGUCCCUCUGCGGCUACACAUAUUCGCUCGAGGAUACAGGUCAAACUGUGGACGGCGAGUCAACUCCUAUCCUAUCCUAACAGUAAAAGACUACUCACGUCCUCCUCCACGCUUCAUUCAGAUAGACAACCUAAUCUUCACUUUUUCUAAGACCCAGCCGACCUCGACACUUACGAGGACUCGAUCAUAGUGCUUGCGACGACAGUGGUUUUCUAGCCUCUUCUAGUGGUGCAACGACGGCUUUGGGCAGAUCCUCUGAAUGCGAAAGCAGAGCACGCAGAUCAUCCAAGUCUACUGAUGAAGGGGAUGUUAUAGACAAUAUAGUAGAAGAACAAGAUCAUCCUAGAGUUGUCGGAGAAGUCGUGGGUCUACACGCUAGGGCUAGACGAGAACAAGACCUAGACGAUUAUGAUUUCCCAGGACUAAGAAAUGUUGGUGCGUCGUCUAGUACAACGG